GAGGGAGAGACGCAGUCAGACAGUCAGGCAGGCCGCCCGGCAAGCAAGGAAGGCAGGCAGGCAACCAGGCAGGCAGCCAGGCAGGCAAGCUAGCAGGCAGCCAGUGCACCAGCCAAGACCACUAGAUCCGCUUGGCUUACCGACUUAGAGACUUAAGCCGGCAGGCAGUCCGAAAGGCUCAACCGGCUAAGCCUGGCAGACCCACCUACCAACCGACUUACGCCGCGGUAGCCACUACGCCGCGUUCCAUCCACCGGCAGGAAAAUCGGGAUACACCGCUGCGACCGGCGGCACCGCCGCCGCCUUCUUAUAUUUUCCUCCAUCACCGUCUCCCGCGCCGCGCUUCUCCUCUCUGACUUACGUUAAGGGCGGAGGUUGCGAAUAGUGACGAGUGCCGCGCGGACAUCAUCAUCACGCUCGUGCCGACGACGACGACGGCAACGUCAACGUCGUUGCCCGCGGCCGCGGCCGCGGCAUCCGACGACGGUCGCGGGGAGAAGGCCCCGUCGUCCUCGUGUCACGCGUCAAAUCGCGUGUAAGUCCACGCACUGGAGCCUCAGAGUGGAAGACGAGAUAUCGGGAACCGACAGUGAAUAGUAUAGAUCGCGGUAUCGCGGAGGUGUCAUUCGUUCGUCGCUCGCGUCAAAUUAUCGACGUGACUUUGAUCGGUGACGAUAGAUUGAUUCAUGGUGAACUCGUCUUGUUGAAGAGAGCGAUUAACAAAAGUGAUCGUCGUAGUGUUAAGAAUACUGAAUGAAAUCUGCUUUACAAACGUUUCGCCGAAGAACUCACGCGAGAGACGUAAAAACGUCAAUUGCGAAAAUUGAGAAUGUUUGUAGUGAUCGUCUUUAUCAAAGUGAGAGCGAAAUAGAGUAAAAAAUCAAAGAAAUAGAAGAGUAAACAGAAGUGAAGGAAUUCUGAAAGAUAUCAUCUGUGUGAAGAUGAUGGCGCGGUUUAAUCUACUUGAUUGGCAAAAUUUAUAACUCUCCGCUUUUUUCUUACGUAACGGUGACGGUUAUCUAAUUUAUCAGUCCUUCAUAACGCGCGUGUUAUCCACGCGCCUCGAGCUACUUUUCAAAGUUUUAACGUGAAUUUGCGAUACUCUAUAUAAUUUCUCGGAUGCCAAUAGUGCAAAAUAUCAUGAAUACAUCAUUACAUUAAAGACAUCUUGAUACGAACGGAAAAGCGACGACAUGCUCUAACUAUCUUUUGAAAAAAAUCGCAUAAAUCACAAACAUAGUUUCCUCACAAAUCUGUCUCGAAAAACCUCAUUGACACCAUUACUGACAACCUCUGCGGAUCUCCAGCCGACGGAGACUUUGACAGAAUCUGGUAUAUCAAAACUCCAUCUUCUCUUUGGAAAAAACAAAUCUGAUGAUUUUCACCUAGCUAUCGUCUUUAAAGAACGAUCGCUCCGAUUUUCACCGACGAUACGAUUCAAUCUACGAGACAAGGGAGACGCUUGAAUGUGCCCCUAAGAUCAGGCGGCGUGCAAACCGGCGUUAAUUCGCGGCCUCUCGUGGGCCAGGUUGAUCGUGUCACCGAGUUGUAAGGAACAGUCAACACGACGUUAACCUUCUACAGUAUGGACCGGGGCGGCGGGGCCGGGGGGAGCCUCGAACUCGCCGGGGGAGGCGGCGGAGGCGGCGGCGGCGGCGGCGGUGGCGGCGGCAGCGGAGAUCUAUGUCUUCAGGAUCUCGUGAUCGGGCCGAGCGGCCUCUCGGUGCAGCAUCCUCAGCACGCGGCGACCGCCUCGAUGGCUAGCCUGCACGGCGACCAUCUUCAGGGCGCGAUGCACCAUCACGAUCUUCACGGCAACUCGCAUCACGACACGUCGAUGCUGCACAAUUCCAGCCACCAGCUGCAUCACGAGCCGCUGGAGAAGCUUAAACGUGUCUGGGCGCAGAGUGACUUUGGAGACGAAACCAACGGGGGUCUCGCAAGGCUCGAUGCAGGGCAUGGCGCUCAUACCCCCGGUGGUAGCAACCCUAGUACACCAGGGGCGACUCCCACGACACCCUCCGGAGGAUAUUCUACCGGUCAACCGAGAAACCGUACGAACACCACUCAUAGACCGGAUAUCCGAAAAGGUGUACGAACACCACCAGAAGUGAAACACGAGUUGGGUGCCGGUGGUGGUGUCGUUUCUCCUGGAGUGGUCGGAGUCAACGAUACCGAUGACAAGGACGGUAAGAAGAACAAACGACAAAGGCGACAGAGAACGCACUUUACGCAGCACCAGCUACAGAAUUUGGAGAUGACAUUUAUGAGGAACCGAUAUCCGGACAUGUCGACUAGGGAGGAGAUAGCUUGCUGUACGAAUCUUACGGAAGCUCGCGUCAGGGUCUGGUUCAAGAAUCGACGAGCGAAAUGGCGAAAGAAAGAGCGUAACGCGAUGAACGCAGCCGCGCAGGCCGCGGCGGAUUUCAAAUCUGGCUUUAGCACGGGGGUGAUGAACGGCUUCAUCACCCAACCAUUCCCGGAUCCGGAUACCCUCUACAGUUCGUACAGUACAAUUGGGCAAUACAACAAUUGGGCGGCCAAAGUGCCGUCGCCGCUAAGUGGCAAGAGCUUUCCCUGGAUGAAUACUCUAGGAUCGGUGGUGCCUACGGCGUCGCAUCAUCAUCAUCACGCGCAGGUCAGUCCGGUGAAUCCCUUCAACUCCGCGGCGACAUCGGUCGCGGGCAGCCACGUGGGCGGUAUGUCAGUGUCGGUCGGGCAAGCAGCCACGUCCAUGUUACCGGGCAUGAGUUCCGGUCUGGGCGUCGCGAGUUCGCCGGUUGCCGCUUCCGGUGCUGCGUGUCCAUACGCGGCGCCGGCCGCGCCGCAUCAUCCGUACGGACCUCCGGUUUACACGCCGCACCAUCGGUCACCCGACUCCUGCACCGUGAUGACAUCGAGCAGCAUCGCCUCGCUGCGCAUGAAAGCGAAACAGCACAGCAGCGGUUACGGCGGUGGCGGCGGCAUCACCGGUGGUACCACGGCUGGUAGCAUAAGUCCCGUCAGCUCGAGAGCGUCGUCGGUCGGUGGUGGAGGCGGCGGCGGGGGCGGUGGUGGUAGCCUAAGCGCCUGUCAGUACGCGUUAACGACAGCCACCGGGGCGAAUCCUCACUCUCCGGGUGGUCCCGAGGCGCACGCCAAUGCCACCGCCAGGGCCCAAGUCUGAGGCGAAGCGGGGGCUACCUCUAGCCCCCAUCAUCACAACGUAACGAAUCCAAAUUCAGGAAGUUCCCUCAGUGGCGGCGGCGGCGGUGGCGGUGGUAACAAUCAGGUGGUACCGCCAUCCGGUGCCGCGGCGUCCACGGUUUCCGGCCAGCCGAGCGACAAUCAACUUAGAUCGCAAGAGUGACCCAGGCCUAGGUCCGCCGCCUCGCCGACGCUGUCGUCGACGCCUUCGUCGACGACCUCGCAUCCGCAUUACCUUAUGUACGACGAGGACGGGACCGCGGCGGACCAGAAGCUGGAAGUGGACGAGCGAAGUGUAAUCGAUGCGAGCAGUAUGGUAAAUCCUGAACAGGUGGUGACAGCCGGUGGCAUCGGCGUGGGAGUUGGUAUCGGCGUAGGUGGACCAGGCACGGCCACCGGAAGUGGUACCGGAUUGACGGGUUAUUGGCAGCACGCGACCACCGCCACCAGUUACUGGCCGUCGUUGUUUGAUUGUUGGACGACGCCGCCGAUCGCAUCCGGUUCGCAGACGCUGUCCUUGCCGCGGGACGAUGAUUGAGGCCAGUAGAAUUUUAUCAAAUUGUCGUUUUAGUGUUGCCUUGAUCCUCUUGCGAAAUCUUGUUUCGUUAUGUCAAAUAUCGAACGUUUGAUGCCUAAACAAAUACGACUCGCAGAUCGUUCGUAUUUUUGUAUCUCUAUCGGAAAUCGGUUGCAAAAAUAUUGCUUAUAGUCCUAGUAUAUCUACUAAAAUGUUCGCAUCUCUGCCGAAAAUUGAUUGUGUAUUAUAUAAACUGGAAGAAUUUCUUACAUGUCUCUCUUCAUGUGUCUUUAUAAAAUUUAUAAAAGCGCAGAGUCACUUUCAAUAUUUAAUAUUAAUCAAUGCUCGGUUGGAAUCGGCCUAAUAAUGCAAGUUUCGUAAUGGAAUUAGAAAUAUUUUUGUUAUCAAUUGCCGAUAAUUCUCGUUAUCAGAAUCUUUACGAAAAUUACGAGAAUGAAAAAAACGGUAAGGAAUCAGUGUCUGCGACAACGAUUAACAGAACUUACAGUCGAGAACAUUUGCUUACGUUGUAUGCAAAUACAAGGUAUUACGCGAGCAAUCAACUACGUCGUAUUCGGCAAACUACAAGUUCGGCGGGUUCAGUGGACUCGCAUACAUUCUUCAAAGGCAAAUAAACGUUGAUGGAGUACAAAUAUUAAACUUCCGCCGCGAUGAAAAAUAUGUUUAAAACCCCCCCGAUUUUCUUUCUAAUAUUUUUAAUCCGGCAAAUAUUAUAUAUUCAUUAUUAACGAUGCUGUAUAUAUGUCGCAAUAAAUAUACGUGUAAUAUUAUUUCGCUGGGAGAUAAAGUAUGUUUCCUCGCGAGUUACAUGACACGAGUGCGCUAAUUGUAUACGAAGUAUGCUUUAAUAAUCUUUUUUUCUCGACACGGCAUGAAAAUUUGGGGGGUUAAUUUCUAGCAAAGAACAAUGGCGCUAAUAAAGAUCCGUCGCGGAUCGGGUACUCACUAUUCUGUAGAUAUAUGUAUAGUAGAAUGCCGGCUCUUUAUGCGCGGAGCGUAACUGUAUACCAAAAAAAAACUGUUACAUUGUAAUGAGGAUAAUAACGAUUAUUUAAACAGAAUACCAAAAAUCUUGUAGGCUGUAAGUAAGCGAACGAAUUAUGAACGGAUUGUACAGUGUAUGCAACAAGAAAUAUCCUAUCGAUUAGGCGUUUAAAUAUGAAUUAGUAUCGUCAAAUAAUUAUUAAAGUAAUAUUCACGGUAUCCUCGCGCGACGCGUGCAAUUGAAUUCUUCAAGUCCGUCGAUUUCUCUUCGUACUCUUAUCGUUCUAGCGACAGCAUUUAACUUAUAUACGUAUAUUCCUUGAUUGUGCAAUUAGAGAGACGUUAACGUAAUCAAUCAACAAAAUAUCCUAUUUUUAUAAGUAGCUUAUUAUUUGAUAGAUGACACACUUGUUGCGAGAAAAAAAACAAAACCAAAGUUAAACCCAAAAAUAUAUUGCGUAUGUAUAGAAUGAUUAUAUGCCGCGCGUCGACGUCAUGGAUAAUUGUAUAAAUUAUUAUAUAUAACGGGGGAAUGUGUGGUGUAAAGUGCAUCGAGAGGAGA